CAAACCCAGCGUUCUCUGGGGAUCACAUAGGAACAACAUACUAUCGAAGGGGUGCUGCACAAAGGGUUUUGGAACAAGAGCUAGAGUUUGAGGGGGAAGGCAAACGAAAAGAAGAAAUACCAACGGAAGCUCUUCAGGUAGCAAUGAUAUGGAUGCUGUAAAGAAAAACAAACGGGAUGGAACAGAAGUCACAGAGAGACUUAUCACAGAAACUGUUACCACCAGACUGACAUCUCUUCCCCCAAAAGGAGGUGGUAGCAGUGGGCUCAAAACAACAGCCUACAGUGGAGGAAGUGGAGUGGAAAAGAGGACAUAUACCCAUGGCAGCAGUUACGUCACAUCCACAGGUGGGAAUGCUAGAAUGAACUCCUCCUCUUCCUCCUACAAGCAAGCCAUCACUCCUUCCUCUACUCUUCCCAAAUCACCUGGGUCAACCUUUGAGCGAAAAACCUAUACCACCCGCCAUGCAACAUAUGAAGGGAGCUCCAGUGCAAAUUCAUCUCCAGAGUUUCCAAGAAAAGAUUUGGGUUCCUCUGCUACCAGAGGGCGAAGCCAAACCCGAGAGAGUGAAAUCCGAGUGAGGCUGCAGAGUGCUUCUCCAUCAACCAGGUGGACCGAACUGGAUGACGUUAAACGACUUCUUCGGGGAAGUCGCUCAGCAAGCGCCAGCCCAACACGGUCCUCAUCAAGCACACUCCCAAUACCCAAGAAAGCUGUCGUGGAAACCAAAAUGGUUACAGAGAGCUCCCAGUCAGUAUCAGGAACAUAUGACACAACCAUCUUGAAUGCUGCCCUCCCACCAUAUAUGUGGUCCUCCACCCUGCCUGCAGGGUCAUCUCUUGGUGGCUACCACAACAACAUGGCCCAGAGCUCAUCGCUGAUCAACACUGCAGCUCAUUCUUCUGGAUCAGUGUUUGGAGUCCCAAACAAUCUGGCUCCCAGCUCCCCCAAUAUGAAUGCAGGCCUCGGUACUUCUUCAACAGUGUUUGGUGUCCAAAACAAUCUGGCUCCAAGCACAUUUGCGGCCACCAACAGUGCAACUACAACCUCAACAGCAGCAUAUGGAGUAAAGAAAAAUACUACCCAGAGCUCCGGUGUGACUAGUACUGGUGUUUCUACCUCAGCUACAACAGCUGCCACCACCAUGAACUCCCAAAAUGAUGACAUCCUACGCAAGGACUGCAAAUUUCUGCUCCUCGAGAAAGAGAAUGUGGCCCCCAAGAAAGAGGUGGAGUUGCUGAUCAUGACAAAAGACAGUGGGAAAGUCUUCAGUGCAUCCAACACUGGUCUCAAUGGAGGUUAUUGUACCAAAGACACCCUGAAGAAAGAAAAGCAAGCUGUUUCUUCCUCUUAUGCUGGAGAUUCCUUCCUCAAAUCAGAAACAAAUGGAGGACUACAGUCUGUUUCAACAAAGGACAAAGCAACUUAUGCAGAAAUCCAGCGCGAUGAAGGAUGUGGAGGGGCCGGUGCUGCUCCAGCCUGGUGCCCUUGUGCCUCCUGCUGCAGCUGGUGGAAAUGGCUUCUCGGUUUGCUCCUGGCCUGGCUCUUUCUACUUGGUCUGCUUUUUGGGCUUAUUGCUCUAGCGGAUGAAGUGAGGAAGCUGAAAUCCCGUGUGGAGAGCCUUGAAUCCCGUGCCAGCUACUGGCAGGUUAAUCCUGAUACUGCGGAAAAUGUGCAUGUCAGCAGGGUUGGACAGUAUGCCAAACAUACAUUAACUCUGGGUGAUAUGAAUGAAGACCAGCUAUGGCUGUACAUGAAGAAGAGGCUGGAUGCAGAGAGAAAUCAAGGUUAUUUCCGAGGCGAGCCAGGACCAAAAGGUGAUAUGGGCAUCCAAGGAUCAAAAGGAGACCGAGGACUUCCUGGCAUGGCAGGUGCUCCAGGUUUGAUAGGUCACCCUGGGCCUGAAGGCCAAAAAGGCCAGAAAGGCAACAUGGGUGAAGUUGGCAUGGAGGGGCCCAUGGGACAAAGAGGACGAGAGGGACCCCCAGGUCCUCGUGGGGAGCCUGGUCUACCUGGGUUUGGAGAGAAAGGUGACAAAGGUUCUGCUGGAGAUCAAGGACUUCAAGGUCCACCUGGUCCUGUAGGUCCAUUUGGCCCCAAAGGUAUGACAGGUGCACCUGGUCUCCAUGGUCCCAUUGGUCCUCCUGGGAGUCAAGGAUUCAGAGGUGAACCAGGUGCUCCAGGUAUUAAAGGUGAGAAAGGAGCCAUGGGAACACCUGGACCCAAAGGUGAUCAAGGGGAGAAAGGACCUCGCGGUCUUACAGGUGAACCUGGUUCCAGAGGACCAGCUGGACCUUCAGGUGAACCAGGAGCUAAAGGAUCAGUAGGUCCACCUGGGCCAGAUGGACACCAAGGCCCCAGAGGAGAGCAAGGUCUUAUGGGAAUGGCAGGACCACGAGGUCCAGCUGGACCUCCUGGAGAUGCAGGGCAGCCAGGUCUCACAGGACCUCAAGGAUCACCAGGGAACCCAGGCAAUCCAGGCCGACCAGGGACUAAAGGUGAACCUGGAGCUCCAGGCCGGAUUACUAGUACAGAUGGAGCAUCAACUAUUGCUCUCACAGGCCCUCCAGGCCCGCCAGGGAGUGUUGGACCUCCAGGCCUACCUGGUGUUCCAGGUCCUGUAGGCCCAGCUGGUCUUCCUGGAGCUCAAGGCCCUCGUGGUGAGAGAGGACCCCCAGGUGAAACUACUGCUGUAGAAGUGAGACCUGAAACUGCUGCUUUUGCUGCUCAAGAAAUGACAGGACGACCCGGACCACCUGGACCCCCAGGCCCACCAGGAGCUUCUAUUCAGGGACCCCCAGGACCCCCUGGUCCACCAGGAGAAGGUUUACCAGGACCUCGAGGACCUCCAGGAUCCUUUGUGCCCACAAAUGGAAAUUUCUUUGCUGGCCCACCAGGUCCACCAGGCCCUCCAGGGCCAAAUGGAGAACAAGGGUUGCCAGGCCCACGAGGAUUCACAGGUGAACCAGGGCAGCCUGGUCUUCCAGGAGUCUCUGCACACGGUGCUGGAGUUGCCUUCCAAGGACCACCUGGACCUCCUGGGCCACCGGGCCCCAAAGCUGGAUCAAGAGUUUCUCAGGGCCCUCCAGGUCCCCCAGGUCCUCCUGGACUACCUGGACUAGGAGCUGGUUCAGUGCAAGAGAUCCAGCAGUAUGUUGCUGACUACCUGCAGAGGGAUGGGCGUUAUCUGGUUGCACCUCAAGGCCCACCAGGUCCUCCAGGUCUUCCAGGAACUGUUACCAUUGAUGAAGAAUCUUUAGACUAUGGAAAACUGGCCCGUCAUGUUAUGAGCCACAUGUCCGCUUUAGGUGUCUCUUGGACAUCUUCCCAUUCAUCCUCAUCAACAACAUUUUAUGAUGACCUCCGUGCCAUGCUACAGAGAGAAGAUGUCCGUCAACUAUUAAUUGGGCCUCCAGGUCCCCCUGGGCCACCCGGAAUGGGAGGAGAUGGCUUAUCUGUGUCACUGGACUAUGAUGAAUUAACCAGACGAGUUGUCAACUACAUGACUAGUUCAGGAAUUGGCAUUGGGCUUCCUGGCCCUGCAGGUCCUCCUGGUCUGCCAGGGGCGUCUCGUGGUGACAUCUUAGCCUUGCUCCAAGCCUCAGAGUUCAGUGGCAUCGUAGGGCCACCUGGUCCCCCAGGCCCACCGGGAGUUCCAGGCAGCUCUCUUUCUACCCUCACUGCACAGGGUAUCUUCACAUACUUGCAAAAUGCAGGGUACUCCACAAUUCCUGGACCCCCGGGGCCACAGGGACCCCCAGGACCCCCAGGCUUUUCAGGAACUGGCCUUGAGUCCUAUGGUAACAAGAUUUGGACCGAUGAGUUCAGAAGUGAAUUGAUCCAGUACCUUACUAGUGAUGACAUACGUGGUUUUAUCAGAGGUCCUCCUGGGCCACCAGGGCCACCUGGACCACAUGGAGAUGGAAGCAUUAUGUCUGGAUAUUACAGAGAGGCCACAAAUUCAGAAUCAUCCUAUGGCAGGUCCAUGAAUUCAGACGUAUCCUAUGAUGCCACAGGGGGAUACGGUGGUUCAGUCGGAAGUAAUGGAGCACGCAGUGGUGCACUUGGAGCAGGUGGAACUUAUGGUGAAUCUCUGAGCACAGAUGGAUCACAGAUGAGAUCAACUGGGGCAGGAGGAUCAUAUGGUGGAUCAUAUAGAUCAUAUGGUGGACCAUUGGAUUACAAUGAGUUGGCAGUUCGAGUGUAUGAAAGUAUACAGAACAGAGGGCUCCUCCAGGACAUGACUUACACUAUGCAAGGACCACCUGGGCCUCCAGGGCCUCCUGGCAUCAGCAGAGUGUUUGCCUCCUAUGGAAACGUCACUGAAGACCUCAUGGAUUUCUUCAGAACUUAUGGAACUAUUCCAGGCACACCUGGACAGAAAGGAGAGUUGGGAUUCCCAGGACCCAAAGGUGACAUUGGACCAAUGGGGCCACCAGGCCACCAAGGCCCAAGGGGACCAAAGGGUGAAAAAGGCGAGAAAGGUGAACAUGCAUAUGGACGAAGGAAAAGGAGAAGCAUUGGGGUCUAAGAAUGUGGCUUAACAUACAGACUUCCUAA